GCAGCAGACAUCUAUAUGCUGGUAUAUUUACGCCCGUCGUGAGCCCGCCAAAAUUCUCCGCCGCAUUCCCCGCCGCAUCUCCGCCUUCGACCAAGACCAAGUCUGCGCGCCAUGACUGACCCCGUCCUCAACGACAUCUCCCACAGGCGCUUCAAUCUGUUGCGAGGAAGCUGGGUUCUGGUCUCUCCGCACCGGACCAAGCGACCAUGGCAAGGCAUGCAAGAGUCGCCAUCCAAGACGACGCUCCCCGAGUACGACCCAAAGUGCUAUUUGUGUCCGUCAAACACGCGAGCCAAUGGCGAGCAAAACCCCAAGUUUGAAAACACGUUUGUCUUUGUCAACGACUACAGCGCCGUCAUGGAAGAGCAACAAGAGUACCGUCCAGACUCCAAAGACGGAUCUCUCGCUUCCCGCCUACUCCGCGCUGAAGCCGUCACCGGAAAAUGCUACGUCAUUUGUUUCUCCCCUUCCCACAACCUCACUCUGGCCGACAUGUCGCCCGCGCAGAUUGUUCCGAUAAUACAGACGUGGACCAAUAUCUACGUCGCCCACCUGGACCCAAAGUCGCCACUGGCCAAGCUGGCUUCUGCAAUGAAUAUCCCGCAGCUACCACAGGGCCCUCUCGCUCCACCAAACGCACAAUACCGUUACAUGCAAAUCUUCGAGAACAAAGGCACAGCAAUGGGCUGCUCGAACCCCCACCCCCAUGGCCAAAUCUGGACAACUACGUCAUUACCCGAGGAGCCCGCGAAUGAACUCGUGCAGCUGAGCAAGUACCGUAAAGAUCAUGGUGGCAGCCACAUGCUUGUAGACUACGCCGACCUGGAGUCCAAUGAGAAGACGCGUACAGUUUUUGAGAAUGAGAGUUUUUGGGCCGGUGUUCCGUACUGGGCAGUUUGGCCAUUUGAGAUUAUGAUUGUCCCGAGGCAGCACAAGCGGUCGCUGGUCGACUUUACCCAGAACGAACGCGCGCAGUUGGCAGAGACAAUUGCUGAAAUUACGAGGCGAUAUGACAACCUCUUUGAAACACAAUUCCCCUAUAGCAUGGGAUUGCACCAGGCCCCUCUUACAGGCACAGCCGACGAGAUUGAGUCGAGCCACUUCCAUAUUCACUUCUACCCACCACUGCUACGAAGCGCCACGGUUCGCAAGUUUCAGGUCGGCUAUGAAAUGAUGGCCGAGCCUCAGCGCGACAUUACCCCCGAGCAAGCCGCAGAGCGCCUGAGGGCUUGCGACGGCGAGCUUUACCGCAGAAAACUCGAGGCUUCGCCCGUCCGAAACGGUGUCAACGGUGUCAACGGCGUCAAUGGUGUAAAUGGCACGAACGGUGUCCAUGGUACAAACGGUGUGAAUGGUGUGAAUGGUGUCAAUGGUGUCAAUGGUCACCACUGAGCGCUCAUGUUUACGCGUCCUACGAAUACCCUGCUUUCUAUUGCCUUUCCUUUCUACGAAACGUUGCUUGCAUGUUUGCAGUCGAGACAUGGAGCCUGGUAGCUCACAUAUGCCCCUCACUGUAAGACGCUCUUACCAUGGGAGAAGAUACCCAGGACACGAGAGACGAACGAUUACGACACAGUUUAUGCAUGUAGUUGCGGGGUGCAUAUAUCAUGGGAAUGUAGAGGUAGUUAUGAGAUUUUUU